AUGUCGAAAAUCAUCAGAGUACUCUUCAUGGUGGUCGUUUCCAUGGCCAUAACCAUCGUCCUCAUCACUAUCGCCUCUAUCGGUGACAACCACAAAACCUCACUUCCCAAAUCACUGGACGUGAAACCGUUUCCGAAGAGGGUAAGUCGUUUCCUAGCGGAAAACAAAAACCCUAGAGCUGCAGACCACUGCAAGAAAGAUGACGAGAUUUGCUACAUCUUAGAAGGCAAAAACUCGACUUGCUGCAACAACAAGUGUAUGGAUUUGAGCGACGAUAAACACAACUGUGGAGCAUGCAAGAACAAGUGCAAGUUUACCAGCUCGUGUUGUGGAGGAGAGUGCGUGAAUUUGGCUUAUGACAAGCGGCAUUGUGGGUCGUGUGGUAACAAGUGCAUGCCUGGUGGUUAUUGUAUAUAUGGACUCUGCAAUUACGCCUAA